AUGUUUCUUUGGCAAUUUCUCAAAACCGAAUUUAAAGACCCAAUUCAACAGAUUGGCAAUGAUAAUGAGGAGUACGAUGGAAGGACUAGCAGUACAGGAACUCGUGCACCGAAUCAAACGACCCGAUUCGUCUUUAGAUCGACCACUCCUCUAAGUCCAGAUCGUCGUGUACCGAUUCUCAAGCUCAGAAAAGUGCCAUGUCGAGCUCAGCUAGAGCAGAAACUCACAGAUGCUCUAGCCAAGUAUAACUUAGAUCUAGACAUUGAUUCACCUGAUCUCGAUCUACAAUCCAGUGCCGCAUGGUGUCAAUCGGCUAGCAAGAUGUCUGGUCGACCCAUGAAAAAUGAGACAGACCAACAGGCGCAUACCGCUUUGGGCUCUGGACUCGCAUCUACACUUAUCGCCGAUAAAGGUCAUUUUGACAUUGAGUCCGAGUCACUCAAAGCUCAAUUCGGUCAGAGUAUACCAAAGACAUGUAAAAAGGGUCAACAAGUGCCAUCUGUGUCUUCUGGUGAGCCGGGUCACUUGGCCUUGUACCGAUCGUUUAGAAGUGGACUAUGGGAAGGAUACCAAGGAAGAUUGCUGAAAGGCGCUGUACCUUUGCCCUUUGGCACUUACGAGGGGGUAUUUGGAGUGGAAGAAAAGACUGAAGCAGCUCUCAGUUCCUGCUUGUCAGAAUUAGAGGAAUGGUGGCAGUCACAGGACGAAACUCUCGACUUGUUGAUGAUCAAAGAGCCAAAGGCAGCUAAGGAGAAAAACAAGGAGAAGAAGGAGAAGGAAGAGGCUUUCGUGCUUGUGGAUGGUCAAAGAAAGUACAGUACCAAGCUCGCUAAUAUGAUGAGUCAGAUAUGGGAAGAAAUGAUCGCAUACCGAUAUGGCGUUACAAUUGUCACCUGUCGCUCCAAAUCCUUUCUUGCUUUCAUGUCUGAUCGUGGCGAAAUGUCGAUUUCCCAUACUUUCGAGCAUCAUUGGGAUCCAGCAAUCCACCAUCAUCCACACCAAAACUUUCAUCAGCUGACUCUCCGACAAAAAGUUGAUGUUAUCUGGUACCGGCCUUCGCUUCUCACUUUGGUGCUAGCUGUGGCUGUCUGGGCGAAGGAUAGGGAGAUAGAACUGCGUGGUACGGAGCUGAAAGGAUGGCCCGAGUCUUGGCCCCCGGCUCGAGAUCUAUAG